AUGCCGCCGUCGCCGGGGGAGGCCGCCGGCGUCACGGACGGAGCGGCUCGGCGCGUCCCGUCGCCCGACCCGUCCCCUGACCGCGCGCGGCAGCAGAGCGACGGCGGUGACGAGACGCUGGCGCUCCGGAUGGCGACGCUGUGCAUGAACCGCGGCAACCACCACCAGGCGCUGCAGAUCGUCCGCCGCGUCCUCGUGCAGGCGCCGGGGAACCCCGACGCACUGGCCGCGAAAGGGCGGUGUCUGGAGGCAGCGCAAGCCCUGCCAGAAGCGUACAGCUGCUACGCGUCUGCGCUGGCGACGGACCCGAGCCACAAGGAGUCGCUGCUGCGCUGCGCGACGAUGUACCGCACGCGCGGACUGCUCGACGACGCGCUGGCGGCGCUCAACAGGAUACCGGGGGCGGAGUGCAGCACCGACGUCGCUGCGGCGCGGGCCGCCGUCCUGUCGGACACGGGCACGAAGCUCAAGGGCGAGGGCAGGACGCACGAGGCCAUCGAGAGGUACCGCGAGGCCAUUCAGGCCGAUCCAGCGUACGCGCCCGCGCGGUACAAUCUCGGCGUCCUGUUCGGCGAGUGCGGGCGGCCCGAGGACGCCGCGGCGGAGUACGAGCGCGCCAUCGACAUCGCGCCCGCGUACCCCGAGGCGCUGUGCAACCUGGGCGUCAUCCACCGGUCCGCGGGGCGGCUGCAAGAGGCGAUCAAGCUCCACGAGCGCGCCCACCGGGCCUCCCCGGGCGACGCGGUCGUGCGGCACAACCUGGCGAGCACGCUCACCGACGCAGCAGCACAAGAGACCGCCGACGGCCGACACGACGAGGCCGUGGCGCUGCUCGAGCGGGCGCUGGCGCUGGACCCGGUCCACGCCGCGGCGCUGUACAACAUGGGCGUGGCGUGCGCGCACCGGCGGCAGAACGCGCGCGCGAUCUUCUUCUACGAAACGUGCGUGCGGCAGCACCCGACGGCGAUGGCCGAGGCGUGGAACAACCUGGGCGUGCUGUGCCGGACGGAGGGCAACAUGACGCGGGCGGAGGAGUGCUUCCGGCGCGCGGUGACGCUCAAGCCGAACUUCACGCAGGCGCUCAACAACCUCGGCGUCAUCUUCACGGCGCGUGGCGAGGCGCAGGAGGGGCUGCAGAUGCUGCAAGCGGCCAUCGCGGCGGAUCCCACGUACGCCGAGGCGCACAACAACCUGGGCGUGCUCAUGCGCGACAUCGGGGCGAUCGACGAGGCCAUCGCGGCGUACAGCCGCUGCUCAGAGCUCGAUCCGACGAACCGCAACGCCGCGCAGAACAGGCUGCUCUGCUUGAACUACAUCCGCGACGGGAAAGACCCGUACGUGUCCUCGCAGCACCUUGCGUGGGGCGCGCGCAUGGAGACCCUCGCGGAGAAGCUCGAGCCGCUCCCAAACGCGUCCACGUGGGACUGCGCGCCCGAGCGGCCGCUCGUGAUCGGAUACGUCAGCCCGGACCUCUACACGCACAGCGUGUCGUACUUCGCGGAGGUGCCCAUCACGCGGGCGUGCGGGGCGGACUUCGAGGUGCGCGUGUACAACUGCACGCCCACGCCCGACGCAAAGACGCGGCUGCUGCGGGAGCGCGUCGAGGCCGCUGGGAACGCGUGGGUCGACUGCGCGGCCCUCGACGAGCGCCAGCUCGCCGAGCGCAUCCGCGCCGACCGCGUGGACGUCCUCGUCGAGCUGACGGGCCACACGGCCAACAACCGAUUGGGCACGAUGGCGAUGCAGCCGUGCCCGGUCGGCGUGACGUGGAUCGGGUACCCCAACACCACGGGCCUCGCGUCGGUGCACUACCGCAUCACCGACGCCGUCGCGGACCCCGAAACCACCCCCCAGGUGUUCAGCGAGGAGCUGGUACGCCUCCCGGGGUGUUUCCUGUGUUAUACCGCGCCGGACGACGCCCCCGCGGUGGGCCCCGCGCCUGCGACCGCGAACGGCUUCGUGACGUUCGGGUCCUUCAACAACCUCGCUAAGAUCACGCCGGAGGUCGUGCGUGUGUGGGCGCGGAUCCUUCACGCGGUGCCUGGGAGCCGGCUGCUGCUGAAGAACAAGCCGUUCGCGUGCGACGUCGCGCGCGGGCACGUGAUGGGCGUGCUCGAGGCCGAGGGCAUCGACGCGUCCCGCGUCGACAUGCUGCCGCUCGCGCCCGGCACGCGAGACCACCUCAGCACCUACAACUCUAUGGACAUCAGCCUCGACCCGUUCCCGUACGCCGGUACGACGACGACGUGCGAGUCGCUGCUGAUGGGCGUGCCGGUGCUGACGCUCCGGGGCGCGUGCCACGCGCAGAACGUCUCCGUGUCGCUGCUGACGGCGGUCGGCAUCGCGGACGGCUGGGUGGCGGGCUCUACGGACGAGUACGUGCACCUGGCGGCGCAGUGGGCGUCCGACCUCAGCGGCCUCGCGGAGCUGCGUGGCUCCCUGCGAGAUCGACUCCUGCGCAGCCCGCUCUGCGAUGCGGGGCCGUUCAUGGACGGCGUGGAGGCGGAGUAUCGCCGGAUGUGGAAGCGAUGGUGUCGCGGGCAGGUAGAGGCGUCGGCUGCGGCGGCCGCGAUCGCGAAUGCCGCGGUCGAGGUGCCGGCGGCGGACGGCAGCGGGCAAAGGAUCGGGUCGGCGAAGAGGAGCAAGCGGGCGGGUGCGGACCUGAAAGAGGGGGGGUCUCCGCGGGGGGAUGUUGGGCUCCCGGGGGGGAGUCAGCACUCCCCACGAUGGCGCCCGCCGCCGGUGCUGACGGGUAACGGGAGGGCGAGUCGCGCAGGGGAGAGGGAGAGCCCGGCCGGCCGCGAUGACUCCCCGGAACCCACGCAGAGUAGCACGAUGGUAGAGUCGCCGUCGCACAAGCGAGCGAGGCCCGGUGCGGUCGCGAGCGGCGGGGACGCGGCGGAGAAUACGGCGGACGAGGUGCAGAGCACCAGCAAGAUCAAGGCGGCGAACGGCAGCGGGUGA